AUGUCUUCCGUCGUCGCUAGCACGCAGCUCGAACCAGCGCGGCUGCCGAUGGCCCAGGGCCCGUGGGCGGGCGCCCGAGCCGCAGAGCCUGAGGCCGCUGAACCGACAUUGCCUGCACCAGCCCCCGCAGUUGACGAAGACCCGCCGACGGGCCAGACGGCCCCAUCUUCGGAAGGCUGCGCGGUUAGCGGCGGCGCCGACGAGGUGGGUGUGGAUCUGGAGGGUAGCCAAGUCCCGGACGACAAUGCUGACGCCGAUCACGUGAGCGACAGCGACUACGUGGUGGGCAGCGAGGACGCGGGGACCAGCCCCAGCGAGCAGAGUUAUGAGAGCGAGAGCGUGGAUUCAGAUAGCUCGAGCACUUUCAGUUCGGAGUACGAGGCCAAACAGUACCGCACGGGGAAGCGCAGGCCUCCCAAGCGGCCUUCCAAGCGGAAGCGGGGCAAGAAACGGUUACGCAGAGAACGCCCGGAGAACGAGAUGACCAGAAAAUUGAGGUCACGGGCACCGGAGCGUCCGGACGACUCCAGCGGAAACUUCACUGAAGUGCAUGCGGACCUGGUGGACUCGGAAGAUGCCACCCCAGUGCUUGGCCGGGAGGUUGGCAAGGAAGAUGCAGAACUUCAGGUUCAAGCAAUUCGAACGAUGUGGGAGAUGGCUGCAAUACUCGAAUUUCUUGAUGUGUUCAAGCCUCAGUUGGGCAUUGGUGUUUCAUACAGUGCAGAUGCUCUGGAGGAGGCGUUAGUCAAAUCUCCAGGACCUGGGCUGCUUGCCGAUCUGCACAUGGCCCUUCUUCGUGGCAUUAGCCCCCGGAUGCAGUUGUCUGAAUUCAACUGGACUGCACAGCUGGCGCUGAAACUGCAUGACCAAUGGCGGCGUGAACAAGGAGUCUCAGACCUGCCAUUCAGGCCCAUGAAGGGACAGGAAUCAGAGGACUAUGCCAAACUGCCUUCGGUCGUCCGAGUGCAUGCCCUUAAGUCAUUAUGUGAUAUACGGGCUGAGAGAGAAGAUAUCAGGAUCACAAUCGACGAGGUGUUGAGACCAAGGAAAGUAAAGUCUCAGGCGAAGGGUGUGAGGAAUAAUCAGGCCACUGUGACAUCGUGUUCCAUCAAUGACGUGCGAAAAGAGCCAAUUGGCCGUGACAGCAUGGGUUGCCACUACUGGUACCUUGACCUUCUGAACACGUCAGAUGUCAGGCUGUACAAAGAAGAGCAACCUCGAAACAGUGAAAUUGUCCCUGUGGAUGUGAAGGAGAAAAUGGUGAAAAAGCAAGGUGGUGGAAGGCACAGGGCAAAGGGCUCACAGGCCGCACCACCUGCAUGUGGCGAUUGGCUGGUGGUGGCAGGCAGUGUCAGUGACUUGGAGGGGGAGGGGAAGCGGUUGGGGUCCUCAAACAAGAGGGCAGACAAAGCACUGGCAAGAAAGCUGCUUGAUGAGAUAGUUCCAGGCCUUCAUGAGCGCCAUGAGGCGGAAGAGCGUCGACGAAAGGCAGCUGCCAAAGUACAAAUGAGCCUUGGAAACAUUAUUCUAGAUGGCAAUGGUGGCUAUGGCAGGUCCCUGCGCACAAGGAAGCCUGUGGACAACACGUUUACAGACUACAACAACAUGCUGGACCAUGCCAUUAGGCAAGGCCGCCAAGUGAAGCCUGACAACCACCAGUUUUCAGGGCGGACUGACAGAGGUGUUGGACAGGAGUCUGUUGCUGAACACGAUCUUGAAGCACUCAAGAGAGGCCAACAAAGAGGGCGCUCGGCUUUGGCGGCCAUUGGGACCUACACUGAUGUGAGCGACAACCCUUCCCCCAAACACAGAGCAGAUGGCGAAAAUGGCACUGAUGAAAGUGGAGACAACGACAUCCAUGGCCCCUCAGAUGAAUCCAUUCCACGCAGCGGUUCUGCAACGUCACUUGUAGACUUGGACUCAUCGAACUCCGGGCGACUGGCCAAUGCGGACCUUGACGAAAUGGAAGACGACUUGGAGACUGACUGUGGUGCGGGCACAUCCCUUGCCAGAUCAAAGCGCACCCUGUUAGACAGCGACGAAUCUGAAGAAGGCCAGCACCGCAGAAAAAGACUUUGCUCCAGGCAGCCUGCCCCUGAAUAUGACAGUGACGCAGAUGCACACAACACCAGCGAGGAUGGGGAGCAGUUGCCAGUUCCUGGUGGCCAGAUCGAUGCAGAUGACUAUGUGCCUUCUGAGCAGGAGAGUGAGGAAGGGCCCACGUCUGAAGCGUCGAGCGAAGAGCCGCUGGAACAAGAGUCUGAGGAACUGAAGGAAGAUGCGUUCUUGGAUGAUGAGGACUAUGGUUCGAGCGGGGAUUAA